AUGAGCCCAAAAAAAUGUGAAGUAGUCAAAGCCAUGAGGUGCACGCUUGGUGAUCAGAGCACUGAGAUGAAGACGGUCAUUCUCUUCAUCAGGACACUGCUCAAUGUGCAGGGCCUGAAUGACUGGGCCUGGGACUUAGUGGCCUAUAUUUUCAAGCAAUCCAGCUCGUCUAGGAGCCAAAUGAAGUCCAAAAACCGUUCCAGUCAGGAUGCUGAGGAGGAACAGAGCAUCCGAGCCACCUGUGUGGAGAUCCUGGAAAAACUGGAUGUCUCAAUCAGUGGCAUGAGCCAAGUCUUAUGGCCCCGGCUGCUGGAGUACAUAGUGCCAGCUCAGUACAGCUGCACUCUGAGCCCCCUGUGCCGAUGCCUCGGGGACCUGGCCGAGCAACCGCCGUGGGAGGGAGAAGAAGCGGCUUGCAUGGACCCCAGCAAAGAAGACUAAUCCAGGACAAUGGAUGCAGCAGAAGAGAAGCUGCGAGGUCUCCGGGAGGAGCUCAAAGCUGCCAGCCCUGAGGCUGUGCUUAAGUCAUCCUCCCAAAUGGCGAAGGUGCCGGACAUCCUGGGCACCAUCUUUAUUCGGAUGCCAACAAUGCAGGAGAGGUCCAUGCGAGGCUUCCUGUUAGAAGGCGUUGGCAUUCUCGUUGUGUUCCACCUAGAGGCAGUGACCACCAGCCUCCUUGCCAAGCCUCUGCCAAUGGACAGACUUUCUAUGGAGACCCUGGCUUGCGCUAUAGCAAAGGGCCUUGGGGAGAAAGUGGCUGCAGACCUGUGCAAAGCGGGAACCUGGCCACUACUAGAGAGCCCUCAGACACACCACGAGGCGGUGUGCCAGCUGGCCAGGGCUCUGCUGCCAUUGGGAAUAAUAACACCCCAAUUUAUAGGGCAGGUCCUACAGCGGACCAGUUCCACAAUGGAAAAUCUCCGUGUGACUGGUACGGCCUUCGUCAGCCAGCUUAUGUGUGACCCGGUCAUAGAAGAGCAGAAGCUCCUGAAGGCAGUCCUUUCUUUACUACAUCAGCGAGCCAGGGACCCAAAUAACCUUGUCCAACAAAUGGCAGCCAGAGGACUAGGCAACAUAGUUUACGGCGCCCCUGAGCAGCUGAAAAAACACCAGAAGGCUGUCCUGGAGACCCUGUUCGAGGCAUCAUUUGUGCCUACCAGGGCUGAGCUCAUGGAGGAGGGCAUGCGGGCACUCACCCACAUCUUUAAACAUCUAGGGACAGAUGUGGGGCCCCUGGUUGAGGAUGCAGUUGUGCAUAUCAGGUCCUUCUUUAACCAUGACAGCGACAGUCUUCGCACCGUGGCUUUUGCCCUCUUCGGCACCCUGGCAGGCUGCAUGAAGAGGAGGCAAGCCUUUUAUAAAAGCCAGGUGAGGCAGAGCCUGGGAACACUCCUGGUUCACCUGGAGGACCCCAACCCGCAGGUGGCCAAGGUAAGAACCGGUGACAGACUUCCUCAGCCCUGCCAAAUCUCCUCAGUCCAGCCCCAGGGGCACUCUGCCCUUCCUGUGUCUGGUGGUGACCAUCCCCUUCCCAGUGAGGUGGCUUCAUCCAUCUGCAGGCAUUUGGCCAAAGAAAAACCUACUCUUUUGGAGAGUCUCUGCCAGGCAGCUCAGACACACUACUCGAGCCCAUGGCCAGAAAUUCAGGUGGCAGCUAUCAAAUUUACAGGCAUCCUUAUGGAGUAUGCUACCCCCAGAAGUGCCGGACAGAUAAAGGUUGCACACCUCCUGAGCUCUCUGCAAACUCUAGGACAGGACACAUCACAGGAGAUCCAAGAUGUGGCCACUCAGGUCUCAGAGACCAUUUCUAAAAGUCCUUGGGGCAGCACGCUGCAAGAGGAGGGAAACCAUGGGC